UGCAUUCAGCUUACAACUGGAACAUAAAACCGAGAGAGACACUGUGAGAUGCCAGACAUUUUGUACAUAGAUUUGUUUAUCAGCGGGGAGGGUGAGGUGCAGCAGCCAGUGUGAUAUGCAGGCAAAGCAAGAAGGAACCAAGUUUUGUUUCUAGACAAGAGCUUGUAUCAGUGGAGGAGGCUCUCCCCAACUAACCGUGGACAUUUUUUUUAAUUAAAACUGAUCAUUGUCUGGACUGGGUGAAACAAAAUGGCAAGGCUAGUUUUCCCUUUGUGAUAUCUGUAUCCAGCACAAGACUUGCGGCAGGGCCUAAUAACUUCAUAUGAUCAUGGAACUUCAGGGCCGUAACUACAGAGGAAGCAGACCCUGCGGCUGCAGGGGGGCCCAGGAGGUUUUCGGUACCACGGGAAAAUCUUUUCUUUAGAUCAGUAGCUUGAACCAUUGGAUGCCAUGAUGAGUUAUACUACAGAUACUUGGAAACUGGUGAAUGUGAGAGAGCACAACUGGUACCAGUACAGUACAAUAUGUAGGAAGCCAUUCCAGAACCGGUUCAUGCAAAAAGAUGGAAGCUGCAAUGUCUAUUUCAAGAACAUAUUUGGUGAAUGGGAAAGCUAUGUGGUUGACAUAUUUACUACACUUGUGGAUAUAAAAUGGCGCCAUAUGCUUAUUAUUUUCUCCUUAUCGUAUGUCCUGUCGUGGUUGCUGUUUGGCUUUAUAUUUUGGAUCAUAGCGCUCCAACAUGGAGAUCUUAGUGAUACGGAGAUAACCCCAUGUAUUGACAAUGUUCGCACAUUUGCAGGCGCAUUUCUUUUCUCUCUGGAGACCCAGACUACCAUUGGUUAUGGCAACAGGUGUGUUACAGAGGAGUGCUACAUGGCUAUCAUCCUGGUGACACUUCAAUCAGUCCUUAGUUGUAUUAUAGACACAUUUAUUAUAGGUGCAGCAAUGGCAAAGAUGGCGACUGCCCGAAAAAGAGCUCAGACCAUACGUUUCAGUUACUUUGCACUCGUGGGAAUGAGGGAUGGCAAAUUGUGCCUAAUGUGGCGAGUUGGGGACUUUCGGUCAAACCAUGUUGUUGAAGGAAACGUAAGAGCUCAGCUCGUACGUUACUAUGAAGAUCAUGAAAAAGGCAUCACCAUGGAAUAUAAAGACCUCAAACUGGUCAAUGAGCAGAUAAUACUGGUCACCCCAGUAACUGUGGUUCAUGUUAUAGAUCAGGAUAGUCCAUUGUAUGCACUGGAUCGAAAAGGGUUAGCUUCGGAUCGAUUUGAAAUCUUGGUCACAUUUAUAUACACAGGCGACUCCACUGGCACAUCACACCAAUCACGGACAUCUUACUUGCCCCGUGAGAUCCUCUGGGGCUUUAGAUUUAACAGUAUUUUAGAGGCCAAGAAAAAGUACUAUAAAGUGGAUUGCUUGCAAUUUGAGGAAAUGACAGAAUAUUAUGCACCAUUCUGUAGUGCAAAACAGCUGGAUAUCAAUUCACAACCAAGCAAGGCCACCCCAGUCUCAAAAGUCAAUGGCUUAUCUGAUGCAUCACCAAGUAUGACUACGGUUUCAUCUCUUGCCACAAUAGACAGCAGCAAUGCAGAUAAUGCAUCUGUCCCCCACAGCAGUGUACUGAAAGAGAAUGGAGUGAAACCUUCCCGGAAAGUAGUUGUGACUUUGAGCCAGUUAUCCCUGGAAUCAUAAAUAUGUUUUGAAUUAAGCAAUAAUUCCAGGAGAUAACUACAUUAUUCAAACAGAAAGCGUCCUCAUAAAACUUUGGGAAGAGGAGAUGGAAUCUUACAGCGCUGAGGGACUUGUGUUACCACCACAGAACUAGAUGCUGAACAUACUGAAAGAGUAUUAUUGACAGAAGAUUUAGGGUGGAACAUUUGCUUUGAUCAACUUUUUAUCAACUUUGAAGAUACAGUGUAUACACUACAAUAUUUUAAGGAGCACAAAUGUGAUGCUUUUAGAUGUUUCUCGUGGUGAUGCUUCUUAUCAUUAGUCAGCCUGGUUGGGAUCUAUAGGUACUCAAAGACAUUUAUUUAUUGUUGUAUGUGAUCAUUAAAACUGCAUCAGGUACAUCCUGGUCAGACACAAGGCCCCCUAAGCUUCUGCAUAGGGCUUCACAUAGGAGGAAAUUCAGUUUGCUCUAUAAUAAUGCUGAUGGAGAAGUAAAGCAAGAACCUAUGUUCUUCUGCCUAGAGCCCCCUUUGAGCUUAAUUCUUUUCUGCAAUCAGUGUUUCUUGUGAUUAAGAGACACAAGUUCAUAGAGGCUAUGAAAUACAUAUGACACUGAAUAGAAAACCAUGUAAUUAAUUUAAAAAUGUAAAAAAAAAAACCAUUGGCUCAGAUCAUUGCCCCACGAGGGUAUUUGGGUUGACAAUUGAACAAAAUCAACAAAAGGACAAAUACAGCCAAGGCAUAUGCAACUGAACAGGUCACAGUGCUCCAGGAGUAAAAGGGUUAAUGAGUGAUACACUCGAUAACAUUUACAAAGAAAACCGCUGAUCAUAUGUUAUAAAGGAACCACUUUUUCCACUUGUCACACUGAAUUAAACUCUCCCAAGCCUUUCUUGAGUAUUAUAACCACCAUUAUCUCACUGUUUGAGAAUUCUGAACAUUACUGCUGUGAUUACUUAUAUUAAUAGCCAAAGAAAGAAAUACUCUUUUAUUUCAAAAAAGAUAAAUGUGUGCUCCAUCAGAUAACCGAAAAAUACAUUUGUGUGUGUGUUUCUUACAGUUCCAGAAUUUGUAACAAAAAUUUAGCAGAAGAAGUUGUUUUGAAAAAUAAAUAAAUGGGAAAUAUACUGUAUGUGCAUAUAUUUAUAGAUAAAAUGUCAGGAAGAUAAUGCCACAGAAGGAGAAAAAGGCAAGGUUUAUAUUUAAUUCUGUUAAAAUUCGUUUGUUAGAAAUGCUGCCAGUGUAACUUUUCCAUGACACUGUGCAAUAAAUUCCAGUUGAAUGCUGCAUCAAUCAA